AAAAUAAACACCGGUCACGCCAGUCUAGUUUGAGCGCUCGGCGCAUGCAGACGCGUGUGCCUCUGCUCGUUAACUUUAAUCGAUCAAAAAUAUUUGUUCACGUGUAAUCGAUUUCUACGCAGUAGUGAACUUUAAGUGAUUAAUUAAUUUAUUUAUAUACUAAAUAAAGGUGUGAGCAUUGUUGUGUUUUUGUGUUGUGCAAAACGUGAACAGUGCCAGAGAUUGUAAACAUGAUAGAGCCACUGAACGCGUCGGCGGUGGACGAACUCGAAUCCUGGGUGGAAUUGAACUCUGGCGGAGUGCUCAGUGGCGCAGAGAACGAAUACAUCCGAUUGCUGAGGGAAGCCCAGCGAGAGAGCCGCGACUCCUCCGUCAGGCACUCCCGAGCCUCCAGCAUCAAGGGCAGCCCCAAAUCACCUCCAAACAGUCCAAACUUGGAACCAUCCACGGAAGAUGAGCUAAAGGGUGUCUACAUCAACUGCUGGAGGGAUGAUUCAAACGACUGGGUGUGGGAAUGGAGUAGUCGGCCCGACCAGCUGCCUCCUAAGGACUGGCGUUUCAAGCAUCCGCAGAGCGCUCGAGGACCUCCUUCAGCCACCUCCUCCAUCGAGGUGCUGGAGCAGCUGGCACCAACCAUGCAGCAGAGCCACUGUUUGUCCGUCCGUCGCACGUGCCUGUUCAGUCGGGGCGCCAUCGCAGCGGUUCUGGUCACCAAUAUCGUUUCCCUGCUGCUCGGAGCUGGCAUCGGGGUAUGGCUCAGUAAGAAAGGCAUGCUUCCGCCCAGACUCAUCAUCCUCAACUAAAGUUAAGACUGAUAUGGAGCUAGGGUAGUGGGCGGUGACCUUUAUGAUGCGCAUAGAGUCAACGAUGCAUUAGUACUGGCAUUAUUCAAUAUUAAUAAUCCAUAUCGGAUGAAGUCGCGGUUAACAGCAGUUUUUAAAGGAUUUAUUUAACAUUGCAACAAUAGUCUGCAAACUGUGGAAUCAACCCCCAUCGGCGGUGUUCCCACUAGAUUACAACAUGGGGUUAUUCAAGGGGCGGACCAACAAACUCCUGAAAGACCGGUAACGCAUCGGCGGUACCUCU